ACAGAGACACACAGAGAGAGGGGGAGAAGUCAGCAUAUGGACCGCCCGCAAGCAAGAGACCACAAGCCGGCCCCUGGUCUUGCUCGUAUUUAUAGAGCAGUUGCAAUGUGACCGAUUAUCCCAGCGCCUGUCUUAUAUAAAAACACAACCCUGGUGUCAGCUUUCAACUCCGGGCUGGUGGGAAUGGCGUUACGGGCAGGACCAGGCGUGGACAAGCCUCACAGGGCAGACACUGCUACCAGCUUCCUCAGGGCUGCACGUUCAGGAAACUUGGACAAACUCUUGGACUAUUUAAAGAAUGGAGCCGAAAUCAACACUUGUAACCAGAAUGGGCUCAGUGCCCUCCACCUGGCAUCCAAGGAAGGGCACGUCAAGGUGGUGUCCGAGCUGCUGCACAAUGGCAUCGAUCUGGAAGCCGUGACCAAGAAGGGGAACACGGCCCUGCACAUCGCGGCCCUUGCUGGGCAGGAGCAGGUGGUGAAGGAACUCGUUGACUAUGGGGCCAACAUCAACGCUCAGUCGCAGAAAGGCUUCACUCCGCUCUACAUGGCAGCACAGGAGAACCACCUGGACGUUGUCAAGUUUCUGCUUGAGAAUGGCGCCAACCAAAACGUUGCAACAGAGGACGGAUUCACGCCCCUGGCCGUGGCCUUGCAGCAGGGCCACGAGAACGUGGUGGCCAUCCUCAUCAACUACGGGACCAAGGGGAAGGUGUGCCUGCCCGCCCUGCACAUCGCCGCCCGCAACGACGACACGCGCACUGUGGCCGUCCUCCUGCAGAAUGACCCCAACCCUGACGUACUGUCCAAGACCGGCUUCACGCCUCUCCACAUCGCUGCCCAUUACCAGAACCUGAACGUGGCCCACAUGUUGCUGACUCGAGGGGCGAACGUCAAUUUCACGCCCAAGAAUGGAAUCACAGCCCUGCACAUUGCUUCCCGAAGAGGGAACACGAAUAUGGUGAGGUUUCUGCUGGACCGGGAAGCCCAGAUUGAUGCGCGGACCAAGGACGAGCUGACUCCUCUUCACUGCGCUGCCAGGAAUGGCCACGUGCAGAUCGCUGAGAUUCUGCUGGAUCGCAACGCUCCGAUUAUGGCCAAAACCAAGAACGGCCUGUCACCCAUCCACAUGGCCGCACAGGGCGACCACCUGGACUGCGUCCGGCUCCUGCUCCAGUACAAGGCGGAGAUCGAUGACGUGACGCUGGAUAACCUGACCCCGCUCCACGUGGCAGCUCACUGUGGGCACCACAAAGUGGCAAAGGUGCUACUGGACAAGGGGGCAAAGCCCAGUGCCAGGGCCCUGAAUGGCUUCACUCCAUUGCAUAUCGCCUGCAAAAAGAAUCACAUCAGGGUGAUGGACCUGCUACUGAAACAUGGAGCAUCUCUGGAGGCCGUAACCGAGUCGGGGUUGACACCCCUCCAUGUUGCUGCCUUCAUGGGGAACCUGAACAUUGUCACCAAGCUACUACAGCACGGAGCCUCCACGAAUGUCUCAAACGUGAAAGUAGAGACUCCACUGCACAUGGCAGCCCGGGCUGGGCAGACUGAGGUGGCACGAUUUUUACUACAAAACAAGGCCCAAGUCGAUGCCAAGGCCAAAGACGAUCAGACUCCCCUACACUGUGCCGCCCGUAUUGGCCACCUGGAGGUCAUCAAGCUGUUGCUGGAGAACGGGGCGUGCCCCAAGUCGGCCACCACCGCGGGCCACACCCCCUUGCACAUCGCCUCGCGGGAGGGUCACGUCCAGGUGGCAGAGAUCCUGCUAGACCACGGGGCUUCGCAGACCAGAAUGACCAAGAAAGGGUUUACCGCGGUCCACAUCACCGCCAAGUACGGUAAAAUCCAGGUGAUGGAACUUCUGCUUCAGCGAGGCGGUGAGCCCAACUCUGCAGGAAAGAAUGGACUGACCCCUCUCCAUGUAGCUGUUCACCACGACAAUCACGACAUUGUGAAGCUGCUCCUCAAUCAGAGCGCGUCUCCUCACGCUACGGCGCGGGUUUUAUGCUGGUUUCAGAACGGCUACACCCCUUUGCACAUCGCCGCCAAGCAGAACCAGACGGAGAUCGCUGGGAGCCUGCUGGAGCACGGUGCGUCGGCCAACAUCGAGUCUUCCCAAGGAGUGACGCCGUUGCACCUGGCCGCCCAGGAGGGCCACAUGGAGAUGGUCACCCUCCUCCUCGACAGUGAAGCCAAUGCCAACCUGAACAGCAAGAACGGCCUGACACCGCUACAUCUCGUGGCCCAGGAGGACCGUGUACCGGUGGCUGAAGUACUCAUCCACCAUGGAGCCUCCCCUGAACCAACGACCAGGUCUGGAUACACUCCGCUGCAUAUGGCCUGUCACCAUGGAAACAUAAACAUGGUGAAGUUUCUGCUCCAGAACCAGGCGAACGUCAAUUACAAAACCAAGAUUGGACACACGCCCUUGCACCAGGCAGCACAGCAGGGUCACACAGAUGUUGUUAACCUCCUCCUGAAGCACGGAGCCUCUCCCAAUGAAAUCACCACGAAUGGAAGCACAGCGUUGGCGAUCGCAAAACGGCUCGGUUACAUCUCCGUAACGGACGUGUUGAAGAUUGUCACUGACGAAACCAUAAGCACAACCAUCACAGAGAAGCACAGACUGAGUUUUCCCGAAACUGUUGAUGAAAGCCUGGACGUGUCGGAGGAUGAAGGAGAAGAUGUCCUUGGAGUAGAUGCAAACAAGUACCUCAAACAGGACGACUCAAAGGAGCAAGAGGAAGACUACUUAUCUGCAAAGAAGACAGCUGAUUUUGACGUGUCGUGCUCUCCUGCAGUGCACAGAAUGUCAUUUGCCGCUCCGGAAAACAUGGCUGCAAAAGACCAACUCGCACCUCAAGCAGAACAGCAACAGGCAUCCAUCUCCCUGUCCAAGGACUUUGAUGAGGACUCCUUCACGCCCAGCAGCCCGGCCACUGAGACGUCUGAUAACAUCAGCCCGAUUGCCAGUCCCAUCCACACAGGAUUUCUGGUGAGUUUCAUGGUGGACGCCCGGGGGGGCUCCAUGAGAGGCAGCCGGCACAACGGGAUGCGGGUCAUCAUACCGCCGCAGACCUGCAACGCCCCCACGCGCAUCACCUGCCGCGUGGUGAAGUCCCAGAAGCUGGUGAGCCCACCGCCACUGGUGGAAGGAGAAGGGCUGGGGAGCAGAGUGGUCGCACUGGGACCGGCCGGGACUCGCUUCCAGGCCCCCGUCAUUGUGGAAAUCCCGCACUUUGCCUCGGUGGAGCACUCGGACCGAGAGCUGGUGGUCUUCCGCAGCGAGAACGGAUCGACGUGGAAGGACCACCGGAACUGCUGUGGGCCGGAGCAGCUGGAGCAGCUCCUGAGCGGAAUGGACGAAGAUCUGGACUCGACGGACGAGCUGGAUCGCAAACGCAUUUGCCGCAUCACGUCCAUGGACUUCCCGCUCUACUUUGCCAUCGUCUCCCGGAUCAAGCAGGACACGGAGUGGAUCGGGCCUGAGGGCGGCGUGGUGAGCAGCACCCUCGUACCAAAGGUCCAGACAACCUUCCCUGCGUCAGCAGUCAUCAAGAAAGUCCGCCUGGGGCUGCAGGCCCAGCCUAUUCCCGACGAGCUGGUGACAAAGUUGGUGGGUAACCAGGCAACCUUCAGUCCGAUUGUAACGGUGGAGCCACGGAGAAGAAAAUUCCACAUCCCGAUAGGUCUCUGCAUCCCACUGCCGCCCUCGUGGAGGAACAGCCGGCAGAACAGCUGUGAAGGCGAUGAGACCAGCCUGAGACUCCUGUGCAGCGUUAUAGGGGGAACGGGAGCUGCCCUGUGGGAGGAUAUCACAGGGACCACCAAACUCCUCCACGCUAACGACUGCGUAAAUUUCACCACCAAUGUAUCGGCAAGGUUCUGGUUGGCGGAUUGUCCCCGCACUGCGGAGGUGGUGAACUUUGCCACCCAGAUCUACAACGAGCUGAUGGCGGUACCCUACAUGGCCAAGUUUGUGGUGUUCGCCAAGAUGCACGAUGGCCGCGACGGCCGGCUGCGGUGUUACUGCAUGAGUGAUGACAAAGUGGACAAGACCCUCGAGCAGCACGAGAAUUUCACGGAAGUGGCGAGAAGCAGGGACAUUGAGGUGCGAGAGGGGAUGCCGUUGUACGUGGAAUGUUCCGGCAACAUCGUGCCGGUGAGGAAGGCGGGGCAGCAGCGGUGUUUUAACUUCCAUUCCUUUAAGGAAAACCGCCUCCCUAUCACCAUCAAGGUGAGGGAACUCAGCAAGGACCACGCUGGACACAUCUCCUUCCUUCGCAAGCCCACGAAAUACGAGGAUCUACAGCACAUCAUCUGUAACCUGAACAUCACCAUGCCUCCAUGUGUGAAGGUGGAUGGGAGUGAGGAGCGACGACGCAACCUGACCCCGUUGGCCCUCCGUGAGCGAUACAACACGCUGACCGAACCGGCUAUGGCCUCUCUCAGCGCCUGGGAACGUACAGAGAUGAAGAUGUCCUUGAUCGCGGAACAGCUUGGUCUCAGCUGGGCUGAGUUGGCACGGGAGCUGCAGUUCUCCGUAGAUGACAUCAACAAGAUCCGGGUGGAGAAUCCCAACUCCCUCUUGGAGCAGAGUGCGGCGCUUCUCAACCUGUGGGCCAGCCACGAGGGGAAAAGAGCUAAAAUGGAAAGCUUGUACCUGGCACUGAAGAACAUCGAUCGCAACGACAUCGUGAGUAUGUUGGAAGGAUCCGGCAUCAACAGCCACCCUCUGAAUGCAAAUAGAAAGCACACAGAAAGAGACCAAAGCCUUUCUCCGGCAGUGAAUGGUUUCACUACAGUGCAGGAUGAGAUGCUAUCUCCCGCCUCGCUUCAAUACACGAUGCCAUCUCCGCUUCAAGCUGACCAGUUCUGGAAUGACGUCACCAGCCUGGACUUAAACCCCCAUGCACGUGCUGACAACGACUCCCUUCUGGAGAUAUCUGACGUCAAUGUGUGGUCGUCGGGCGGCAAGCCGCCCCUGGUGGUCGCGGAAGACUCCUCGCUGGACUACAGCAGGGCCGACGAGUCAUUCCAGGCCGAGGGACUGAGUUCCUUGAACCUCAAUGAGGAGGAUUCAGACGCCAUCAAUGGGUUGGUAGAUAUGCUCGACAGUGUCGGAGGUCAGAGGUCAGAGGGCAAAGGCUCAGAGAUGACAGAAGGAGAGACUCCAACCAAGAUGGCAGAGGAGGUGAAUACAGAGAAUGGCAUUUCUGUAAUUUCAGGGCAGCAGAAAUGGGCAGGGUCACCCACCUUGAGGCGAGCCACUUCAGACGUCCAGCAGCCUGACCUGAAUGCGGAAAGGUCCCAAGCACCACCUUACAUUGUGUCCUACCUGACGGUCCACGAGGAGAGAGGAAGGAUCCCUGGGGUUGAGGGGGCCUCGGUGAUGGCCCUGAAGGCUGAGCCAUGGAAGCCAGGCUUCAUUGCGUCACAGAAGGAAGCGUGGGCCGAGGUGCUGAAACAGUGGCCCGCCGAGAGCUUGUCCAACAUCGCCAAGCAGAGUCCCCGUAGCCUACAGACCGAGGAGCGGCUGGUACAGUCGCUGGACAGCAGGGGGCAGCAGCAGCCUCUCCCCUACCGCCAUCUGAAGGAUUUGGAGGGCCCUCUUUGUUCCGCCACUGGCGGCUCGGCACUUCACCGCCACGUUGAUCCACGAAGCAGCUGGAUAACCGUGGAGGAGGAGGUGGUGGACUCGAGCGAGGAGGAGCUGGACAAGGAGCUCGGCGAGAGCGAGGCCAGCUCCGACGACGAGGAGAUUGUCACCACCAGGAUCAUACGCCGGAGGCUCAUCGUUAAGGGUGAAGAAGCAAAGAACAUUCCAGGCGAGUCGGUGACGGAAGAGCAGUUUGUCGACGAAGAUGGCAACAUCGUCACGAAGAAAGUCGUUCGAAAGGUUGUUCGGAGGAUCGGCCCCGGCGAAGGAAAGGAAGAGACAGUGGAGGUGCUAUACCCAGAUCCGUCAGACCUAGAAAAUGCAGCAGAUAACUUCUCAAAGUACAUGUUAACAAGAGACAGCACAAACAGUAAGCUGGGAGAGAGGGAUAGUGCCUUGUACAAUGAAUGGAUUCAUAGUCGAAUGGGCACCCAGAUUGUGAAGAAAAUCAGCUCGGACAUGAAUACGUCAAAGCAGUGAUUUAGGGAUGAUGGCACAAAGGAUACUGUAUCUACAACACGGCCUUCACAAGAAGAAGCAGGCAGACUGGGGGGCUGUGAGAGGAAAAAGACUUUACAUUAGGCUACAGGCAUGAUUUCUAUAGGAGAGUUACUAUUAUCAAUUAGCAUGAUUGACUGUCAAAGCAUGUACCCUGUUGUACCGCCUAAAGGACUGAAUGAUAAUUAUUGUCACAGAGCUGGGAGGUACCCCACCUACAGAAUAAGCCUGAACGAUACCAGGGUCGCAUCUCAACAGCAAUAUCAAAACAAAAUUCAGUCGCUUUAACGCUCACAUUUUUAAUUGGGUUUUAAAUAGCAAGUGGAGUUUUCAAUACAAUUGUUUUGCUGUACAUGAUUAACAUAAUACUAUGCAAAAAAAAUAAUUAACAGCAAUGCACAGCAAUAUAUUCAACAGUUGUCUGGGUAGGUACCAAACCAGCUGUAUAAAAGACAACUUUAGUUGGCAUCAAAUGCUUCUCAUUCUUUUCCUUUUUUGCUGGCCCACCGCUAAUUCCUUGGACUACAAAAUUGUGCUUUGUAGCUUUUAAAUUCUGCUACUCUAUUUUUUUAAAGAAUUUCCUGUAAGAUUUGUGUUUGGUUUGAAUAUUUGUCCUAUUCCAGAAGAGGGCAGCUCUCUAUGUUCUAAGUAUUAAACAGUAAAGAACCAC